AUGAGCCGCGCGGGGCCCGCGGUCCUGGCCGCCCGGCUGUGCGAGGCGCUGCACGGCGAGGAGGCCCCGGUUGUGGAAGCACUGCUGAAGCAGGGUGCAGAUCCUAACCUGGUUCUGCCAGAGGGAAUUGCAGCGAUCCAUCUGGCUGCUGGCAAAGAAAGGGAAAGCGGGGUUCGUUGUCUGAAUCUGAUUCUCCAGUAUGGUGGAAACCCAAACGCCAGGUCAGUAGAGGAACUCACGCCAUUGCAUGUAGCAGCUUCUUGGGGAUGUUAUAAAUGCUUGAAGCUCCUACUGCGGAAUGGAGGGGACCCAAAUCUCGAAGACCAGGAUGGAAACAGAGCAAUCGACUUAGCCUUGGAACAGGGAAACAAGAUGUGUGUGCAAAUCCUGCAGGGCUUCCAGUAUGCCUGGCUCCCAGAGGAGGCCGAUGGAGCAAACAAGCACACGUUCUGCCACGAAGGCUUGAGAAACGCUGAGAGCUUCCUUUCCACUCUGACUGACGACUGCACGGAAACCGGUAUCAUCUCAAGACUUUCUGAAGCGUGGGAUGAUCCUGGACCGCUUAGCAGCACCCAAAAGUGUCUGCCAGACGGGAGUCCCAGUAACUCAGGGCUGGGUGUCACCUUUAACAACGUGGCAGCUGCUGAUGCAAGUGGCCGGCUGAGUUGUAUCCCAGGGAAUCUCCAGGACCAUCCGUGCUGUUCAAUGCCUCCGUCCACGUUGGCCUUUUGUGCCUAUUCGCACCCGGGGCGUUCCCAGGGACCUGCCACUUUGUCUGACAAUGGUCCAUGCAGCCGUCAUGGCCUACCUCAGCCAGUGCUGUCCAGCACUUGGCUUUCAGCCAGUAAUGAGCCUCGAGAACUAACUUCAAGUCUAACUACAACACAGGGCCUUCCUGGGGAUGAAGCGUCUGCUUCUUCUUCCUCAGAGACUGACGACAGUUUGACACCACCUGGCCCUGGCUAUGAAGACACAACAGACAGUGGUCACGGUCUAUCUUCCCAGCCAGUGCCUGGCCCGGAUGAAUCCAUUUCAAAGGAGCCUGUGAUCUUCUCUCAACCACAGCGUUGCAGCAUGAGCCAUGCAGCGCGGGCACGGAGAAGUGUCAGUUUCUGUGAGUCCCCUAAAAUGUUCCCCCUCCGUAACAAUGGGAACUGGAAGGAAAGCCCUUCGGGGCCACGCUGCAACCCCAGAGUUAGUGCUGCCAACGGGACUCUGGGCCUGUCCCGGCUCAGUGACGUCCUCGAUCUCGAAACGUUAGGAAAGGUGAAUGGCCAGGAAGGAUUGGAUGUCACAUCCCCAGACCACGUGUACCUGUUCUGUCGGGCCAGCUCCACAGCCAUCUGUGACUUGGAAAAGACGGUGAUGGAGCCAACGUUCCCGGCCAGAACACACGGCAAUUCAGACUCUCCCUUCGCCGCUGGACAGGUGCUUAGCAGAAGCUCCGAGAGCGGCAGCGGCCAAUAUAGCAGCUGUGACAGCGACUGUUACGUUAGCGCCGCAGACGCUUCUGACCACAGUGAGCCGAAGAAAUGCUUGGAAGGGAACGAGGGCGGUACACAAUGCCGCAGCUCUUCGCUGUGUGCCGGGGACGGAAGUGCCGAUUCCAACAGCGCUGGCAGCAAAGAUGGGAGUUCCCGAGUGCACUUAGGCAAACGGUUGAUGGCCAGCACCGCAGGGCAGAGCUGCGAGAAGCUGGUAGAAAUGCCAUCUGCAGUGGAAGCAGUUACGCAGCACGUGCCGCCCUCCGGGUCACAGAACACAGAGAUUGCAGGAGGAAGGCAUUUAGAUGCUAGUUCUGAAGCAUCCCACAUUAGCAGGGAGGGUUCUGGUUUGACCUCCGCUGGGAAGCCAGCUUCAGAGCUGUGUACCUGCGGCACUGCACACGAAUCUCUCAAAGACACGGGGGUAUCGAGCCCUUCCCAAGAGUUACAGGCUGAGUGUGUCUCUCACAAGCAGAAUGACAGAGGCUCAAACAUCUUGUCGACUCAGGAACCACAUCAGUUGACCCCGGCUGAUGUUGCGGUUGAGGAUGCUCGUCCUCGGGAAGCUGCCGCCUCUGUGAACUACAGGCAAAUUAGUGCAGAUUGGAAACUGCAGGGUAAAUUGAAGGCGAUGCUGCUUUCCACAGACAGCAGUCUCUCUGCAAGGACAGAACUGACCAGUAGCCAGUGGGUAGCAAGAAAAGCCGAUAUUCAGGAAUGGGAUCCCUCUGCAAAUGGGUCUGACCCAGAGAUGCCGGACACGGUGCUGCUCAGUGGGGCCAUGGGCGGGACGCCGGACAUGGGGACGCCAGGCGGGGACAUGGAAGACAAUAACAGAGAGGAAGAAAUGAAUGGCAACCCAUUCCAAGGGAGAUCGGUAAAGCCUCCCAGUCUGAGCAGUGAAGCUGACACCUUAGUGAUCCAGCACCUUGCCAGUCCCGCUGACGGUUCUGGAGAAGACGAGCUCUCUCACUUGAACGAGAAACAGAAGAUGGUUCCCACAUCUUCAGAUGUUUCCCCACUGCUUCAGCUGCGUCCCAGGUCCUGCCACGUCACCCCCAGAACAAAAAGCCGCUUGACCUCUGCGGCGCGUGACAGCAGCUCCUCCUCAUCGCUCUUCGAGGAGACGCUGGAGAUGCCAAGGCGGCCCAGGAGAAUUCGGAGCCCCCCGGGGAUGCGUUGGAUGCCAGUUGGCCCUGCCGCCUGUCUGGAAGGUAAUACCGCGUGGGGGAGCUGGGGAGCUCAGGGGGAUGAAAAUGCAUCUUGUUGGGAAGCAGAAGAAACGAAUGACCUGGAUGAUACUGAAAUAAUUGCAAAAGCCACCAGCCACUCAGGGUCCUCUGCUGGUCAUAGCAGCUACCCAGAUGCCAGCCCCACAGUGCUGCUAGACUCUGCCGGGGGCACCGAUGAGCAGUCCUUGUCCGGUAACAAGGGGGAAGCCGAGCCAGGUGCUGCCUGCCACCCUGGCCUUCCUCCCCGCCUCCCAAGCUCCGAUACAGACAACCCCCCGUCAGACAGCACGUGGCUGACGGAGGAUGGGGAGAGUGACUGCACAGACCCAACGCGGCAGGUUGCUCUCACCAGGCCCCUUGGUGCCACAGCCUUCUCCCAGGCUGAAUCAGAUGCUGCGAAUGAGGAAGGUGGGAGAGUGUUGCCCAGCGCGUGCCCACAAGAGGAGCGCCAUCAGCCUCAGCUGGAUGCCAAGAGGCAGCCUGGUCCCUCCAGGGUUAGUUUCAGUCGACUGUCCUCCAGCAGGGCUUCUUGGGCAACGUCUGCCACCGACCACCCUUCGAGGCUGAGCCCCGUGCCGGACUCAUGCAGCCAGGACUUACCCCUCUCGCCCGGCGGCCGGCCUGUGAACCUCAGCGCCCGGGAGCCGGUGGAAUAUCUCUACAUGGACGAGGAGGAAGGGUACGCGCUGAUCGAGCGGCACGUCCCUUGCACGGACGACGCAUCCGUCCUCACAGACACUACGAGCUCUGAUGACACUAUCGUUUAUGACUGGAGAGCCUACCAGAGCAAACUGGCGGAGCAGGCAAGCAAGGAGAACCAGCCCCCGCAGUGCAAGUCACCAAUGGCAACCUCCAGGCUGCAUCUCCUCUCUGAUGAAGGCCUCAUUAGGAAGCUGAGAAACCUGGGCGCGAACCCAGGGCCCAUUACGGGUCUAACGAGGAAGUUCUACUUGCAGCUGCUCGACAAACUGAUGACAGACCCGAACGCCCAGGCCAGGAAGAGGUCUGCAGGACACAGCCCUGAGCUGGCCUCUGCGCUAGAGACCUUUCAGAUCCCCGACUGCAAGGACGACGAAAUGGCUCUCUCCAGACAGUUCGACCAGCCCGACAAGAACAAGAAGUGGAGGGAGGGCGUGCUCAAGUCCAGCUUUAACUAUCUGCUGUUGGACCCCAGGGUGACUCAGAACUUACCUUUCCGCUGCCACCACCUGAGCCAGGCUGACUGCUUUAGGAGUUUCGUCAGUGCCAUCUUCUACGUGGGCAAAGGGAAACGCUCCCGACCCUACAGCCACCUCUACCAGGCCCUAACUCACUACAAGGGUGGAAAGAAGCAGGCGUGCCCCAAAGUGCAGCACAUCCUGGACAUCUGGGAGGGCGGCCAGGGCGUGAUCUCCGUGCACUGCUUCCAGAACGUCAUCCCGGUGGAAGCUUACACGCGGGAGGCCUGCUUGGUGGAUGCGAUUGGGUUAAAGAUGCUCACCAAUCAGAAGAAGGGGAAUUACUACGGCGUGGUGGCGAGCUGGCCCAUGAAACGUCGCCGGUGCCUGGGGAUUCACAUGCUGCACAGGGCCAUGCAGAUCUUCCUGGCGGAAGGGGAACGGCAGUUGCGUCCGGCAGACCUCCAGAUUGGGCAGUGAGGAUGCUCCUCUCGCCUGGCUGGCGGCUGCAACUCUAAUCAGAUGGCUGCGUAUGGUGAGCCAGGGAGGUGUACGGCUCGCAGGGGGCACUGGGAUAACGGAGCUCUUAGCUAGACGGGGUCUUGGAGUCAUUCACCACCGGCGGCAGCUCGAGAAAAGGGCAGAUCCAAGCUGCUGUGGAACUGAAGCCUGCUCCCCUCUCCCUAGAGAAGGGGGAGCAUUAAACUGCACUUGGCCAACUGGCCGUGGAAGGUGUCUCCUGCCUGUCGGGGGCGGGAUUUUUAAUCACCGAAAUGUGAAUUAAAUUUGUCUUUUAUCUCUGCUGCUCUGAGGUUUGGCAGGAGCCUCAAGAGAAGUCCGGCACAAAGAACCCCUGGGGGGUUUACAGUGUUUGUAGCAAGCGGAAUCAUUCCCUAGUGUCACGUGCUGACCGGCCUGCGAGGGGCAGGGGACCUGUUAGUGGCAGCUCAUGUUCUUGAUUCUGUCUGUGGAAUCGCGCAUGGAGAAUGAUCUGCUGGAGAGAGGGCGCGUGGGGAGCACUACCUUUUACAUACUGCUAGUUUUUGUGCUGCUUUAAGGUUUGUAUUUUUUUUAUUUGUCUUUCCCAAAAGAAUGUUUUUUUAAAAAAAUAAAUCACUGUGGAUGGC